AAGAAGAAUGGUUUCACUGGUAGGUAUUUACUAUCAAAGUCAUUUUUGGAUCAGUUUGGUGCAAACCAGCCUCUGCCCCAGCUCUGAAGGGAACUUGGUAUUCUCAAUUUGAGCUUGUUUUUAGUGAUUCAGGUACACGGAAGGCUUUGGCAGUGUCUCUGGAUGAGACAUGGGUGGACUUUUGUGAGCACUUUCCACCAGGCAGUGUCUUUCUGUUCUGUGUGUACAAAGCAAGUCCUACUCCAUGCCUCGGGCUUCCAGGCACUAUCAGUGUACAAAUAAAUCCUACUAAUAAUAUUCCCCUUUGCAGUCAAGACCUGUGAGUCAGAUUCAGUCUGGCCACAAGAAAUCCCAGUGAUACCUGAGUCAGAGUAAAUGUGAAAGAAGAAAACACCUACGGAGGUUUCAGCAAUAGAUCCUGCCUCAGGGUGCGGAGCAGAAAGUCUUUGGUGCAGCACUGUGGAGAGAAACUGAGCUGGAUGGGAAAUUUAUGCAGAACAAGCUGGUAAGUUUGUGCCCUGUGGGGUAUUUUUGUACCACCCAGCCAGGGGAAGGAGACGGACAAAGUACUUUGGAAACCUGGCGGUUGCCUGUGCGGGAAAUUAUUCACUCGGCGUGUUUGGGAAUUUUGUUUGUUUGCUUGUUUCUUGCUGAUUCUGUCCCCCCAAAAAGGGUCACACCCCAGCACCUCUGUGUAAGUCAGUGAAGUGACAUCGAGGACAGCUCUGGUGCUGUAAGUAUGAGGUGGGGACAAAAGUGUCUUCCAGAUGAGACUAGGUGAAAACGGACAACAGGGGUUUUAUGCAGCGGGUAUCCAGUGUGUUACAAUAGUACGUGCAGCCCCAUCCAGGCCACACUCUGCGCCAUGGGCUGAGCAAAUCCUGAAGAGACAGAACCCAUGGGCAGGGGCCAAAAGGGGUGGAAGGGGUGAGCAAGAGGACAACGACUCUCCACACUGGGACUCCGCCAUUCAGUCUGCUUUAAGCCAAGCUGAAGAGGCUCUGGGGGUCAUGAUCUAGUCCAGGUCCCAACCCAGAUUAGCUUGCCAGAGUGCUGCGGGCUGUUACCUUGCCUCCCCUCUGCGCACUGUGGGUGACCAGUGGCUAUAAUCGGACACUUAAGGUGCUUUCACGAAGCCCUCAUCUACAGUUAGCGGUUUUGUUUCUGACAGGUCCCCAAGUUUGUUGCAAGCUAAUCUGGCAGCAAGGUCCCCAUUUUCUUUACAAUGAUCUUAUUUUCUGAAGAGAAAUAAGCUAUUCAGCCCAAUCCUGCAGUCAUGGGUGGCACUGAGAAUCUGUCUGUUGGUUUGUGCAGGGGCUGAAUUGGGCCCUAUCAGCUGCUGAAGGAAAAAAGAAUUAAAUUCCACCUGGGAUCCUUGAACUUGGAGCUGCUCCUCCAGAGUCAGGGCGCACAGCUCCCCUUGCUGCGGCACACGUGUGGAUCUCGCUAGGACCCCGGGAAGUGGGUUCAGCCUGAGCAACAGAUCUGCAGCCAAACCCAGGCCAACAGGGACAGUCUCUGAUGGGCAGCCAGCUCCUGUCCUGCAACUUCUCCAGUGGAAAUUAUCUCUGUGAUGAAAACGGGAUGCAGAAUGCAGUAAUCAUUAUCCCCUCCCUGCUCACCUUCUCCACAUUACUGGUGGUGGGGAUGAUCCUCUGGAGGAUUUGCAGGAGGAAGAAGGACACGGAGGUUGAACCCAUCAUUUUUCUGGAAGAUGAGCAGGAUGAGUAUGACGCCUUGCCUGCAGCAGAGAAAAUUCUGCAACGAAAGGACCCGCUCUUAGCGGCGUGGGAGCUGCCUCAGGACAGGCACAUCCAGCAGGAGCAGUUCUUGUGCGCUGGGCGCUAUGGGCAGAUUUCCCAGGCCACCAUCAUUCAAAGAGGCUCUCCAGAGACUGUCCAGGCUGUGAUCUUGAGGAAACUGCCAGCCACUGCCAGCCCCAAAGAAGUGAGAGAUUUCCUAGACGUGAUGAAGUUUCAUAUCCAGAUCUGUAACCACGACAGCCUGGUGAAGGUGCUGUGGUGUCAGAGCCAAGCUCUGCCCCUCUGCUUUGUGCUGGAGGCCAUGAGCCUAGGAAACUUACUGCCUUUCCUAUGGAAAGUCCGCCAGGGGGACUUGUCCAUUGCUGAGCGUACUUAUCACCUGACGGAGAAGAUGGUCUAUGCUAUGGCCAUCCAGAUAGCACGUGGGUUGGAGUACUUGACAGUGAGCCAAAGGCUGAUCCAUGGCAAUGUGGCAGCUUGCAACAUCCUAAUCCACCAGGAUCUGACUGUUCGGCUCUGCGGCCUGGGGCUGGCUGCCAAGGUCUACUGCAGGGGCACGUUGCCACUCAGGAGUGCAGCAGAGGUGCCCAUAAAGUGGCUACCACCAGAAAGGAUCCUGAACCAGCCCAUCACAGCAAGGAGUGAUGUGUGGUCGUUCGGGAUUCUGCUGUAUGAAAUGAUCACGUUAGGUGCCCCUCCGUACCCGACCCUGCGGCCUGCAGACGUUCUGGCCGCCCUGCAGCGAGAGCAGCGCAUGAAGAGACCGGAGCAGUGUGGCACCAGGCUGUACGGGGUCAUGAGGAGCUGCUGGCGGUGGAAACCUUCGCACAGGCCCGCCUUCUCCGAGCUGCUCCAACAGCUGCACUCGCACGCGGGCCGCGCAGGGACCGAGCCGCUGACCGCCCCGGAGCGCCUGGACCUCGGCCACUACCAGCGCCUGGCUGGCCUCUCGCCUCGGGACGCUGCCUUCGGGCUCGGCCUCGCGGCGCCCUGCUCCGGGCCCGGCGCGGGCAGCCGCCGCACGGCCCUGUGACACGGCCAGCCGCGUCUGGGCGCACGGACCGCAGCCGAGCCCGGCGCAACAGGCGCGUGGCCGGGAGGAGGCAGCGGGCGGGCGGGG